AAUUUGUGGAGCGCGCGGGCGAGCGCGUGCACUAUAACUCGAGAAGAUUUACGUAAAAAAUUAUAACAAUUGUGUAAUUUUAAGUAUAAUAGCGAUAUUGUGAUAACGGCUUUACCUGUUUAUAUAAUAAGUAAGUGAGUUUUGUGUUGUCAUAAUAAAACCAGAGUGUUUGUUGUGUUUUAACGCCUGCUGAUAAGAAAACUCGGGUCAAUUUGCACAAGUUAAAGCAGCCCACGACAGUUGAACAUUCACAGGCUUUUCAUUUGUUUUACUAAAGCACAUUAUAGAUGAACGAGGAGAAAGUUAUCAAGAGAAAAUGACGAUUCAGAGUAUGACAGUAACUGACGCCCGUGAUGCUACUUCUAAGAAUUGGUGCAAAAGGCCUUACAAGUUGAAAACGAAGAUCAUAAUAUCAGCACUAAUAAUUUUAGUUCUGGUAUCAGCGUUGAGUGGUUACCUUAUUGGUAAAGCUGAUUAUAAUGCGAGGAAAUUGUCAGCGCCUCCGGAUCCAAUAAACCCCCUGCCACCGUCACCGUCAUGGCUCCAUGUGUUCAAGAAGGCAGCGGUUUGCACAGAUGCACCGCAUUGCUCCGAAAUAGGCAGACAUAUACUUUCAAUCAAUGGUUCAGCAGUGGAUGCCACAAUCGCGGCGAUGUUCUGCAACGGUCUCCUGAACCAGCAGAGCAUGGGUCUUGGAGGGGGGUUCUUCAUGACUGUUUACAUCAAGGAGGAGGAGAAGGCGUACACGGUCAUCGCGAGGGAGAAGGCCCCCGAAGCUGCUACCCGGGAUAUGUUCAAUGGAAACUUUGAUAAAAGUAGCAAAGGUCCUUUAGCGAUUGGCGUGCCAGGCGAGCUUCGUGGUAUGUGGGCGGCACAUAAGCGAUGGGGCAAGCUGCCUUGGGAGAAACUCGUGACACCCACCCUCGAGUUUUGCAAAUACGGGUUCACAAUAUCGAAGGCCCUGUACGAUGGCCUCGAAAGCGCGCCUUAUAUAAAAAAUGAUCCACAUUUAAGGAAAAUGUACUUUAAUAGUUCGAAGAACAAAUUCCACAAGCCAGGCACUCUUGUGAAGCCGAGCGAGGCUCUCUGCAACACGCUCAGAGUAAUAGCCGAGAAGGGCGGGGACGAGCUGUACAACGGUACAUUGGCCGUUGAAUUCUUAGAAGAUCUGAACAGAGUCGGCAGCAUCAUUACAGCUGAUGAUUUGAAGAAUUAUCAGCCAAAAAUCACAGACCCAAUUUCCGUAUCAUUGAGCAACGGAGACGUCCUGUAUACCCCACCACCGCCCAGCAGCGGAGCUAUUUUGGUUAACAUUCUUAACAUCGUUAGCAGCUACAACUUUACAAACGAAAGCAUAAAUGGUACAGAUAACAAAAUACUCACUUACCACAGGAUAUUAGAAGCGUUUAAAUAUGCUUACGCAGCUAGAACUAAAUUAGGAGAUGAGGAUUUCUUAGAUCUGAAUGACUUUUUGCACAACAUAACAGCGCCCGAAUAUGGUACCGAAAUUCGGCUCAAAAUAAACGAUACUAUGACAAACAACGAUACAAGCCACUAUGGAGCCACUGAGUACCAUAAACCCGACUCUGGAACUGCGCACAUAUCAGUGUUAGCAGAAAACGGCGAUGCUGUAUCGUUGACCAGCUCGAUUAACUUCUACUAUGGCGCUGGAUUUUCGACUCUAAACACCGGCAUCGUUAUGAACAACGUUAUGGACGACUUCUCUUCCCCUGGUAUCACAAAUUACUUCGGUAUAAAGCCGUCACCUGCCAACUUCAUCGCGCCUGGCAAGAGACCUUUAUCCUCGAUGAGUCCUAGUAUUAUCGUUGACAGAAAUGGCAAUGCGAAACUUAUUAUUGGUGCAUCCGGGGGGACAAAGAUAGUGACUGCUAUUGCUUUGGUAACGAUGCGUAAGUUAUGGUUCGGACAGACCAUAAAAGAAGCGGUAGAUGAAGCUCGCAUUCACCAUCAAAUAUUCCCAAUGUACGCUCAAUACGAAUUUGGCAUAAUAGAGGAUAUAGUCAAAGGCUUAGAAGCAAAGGGUCACGGUAUGGAGCGUUAUGGUGGCAGGGGUUCCAUCGUGUGCGCGCUCUUCAGGAACCAGACGGCAAUAUAUGCUAAUGCAGACUUUAGGAAGGGAGGCGAUGUCGCUGGAAUUGACUAAGUACUCAGUGCUAUAAUUGUGCUAUUUUAAAUUAUCAAAAUUAAAAAGGGUUUUCUUCAAAUGUUUCUAAUAUAAGCUCGAUUUUAAUGUCGUUAGUUUUGUUUUAAAAUGCGACAUCUUAACGCUCUUUGAUUUUUUUUUUAAAUGACAACUCUGUACAUAGCUACACUUAUAUAUUUCACAAAAUCAUGACAAUUUUAGAUUAUUUCACGUUGAGUCCCAAUUACAUGUUUAAUAAAUCUUUAUAAUUAGAUAUUUGCUCACUAAGUAUUAUUGUUGUUUACAUAUAUUAUUAGAUACCAUGAGUUUUUUGUCUGAUAGCUAAUAUUUAAUAAGCUAAGUACUUUCUUUAAAUAAUGAACGCCCAUAGUACUAUAAUUACAAUAUAAUAUUUUUAAGGCUGCAUAUUUUUUCCAUGUUUCUACAUUAAUUAAAUAUUUAUUAUAUAAAAUAUGCUUAUUUAUAAAAAUAAAAACCUAUAGCAUAAUAACCAUUAUCUAACACAAAUAAAAUAACAGAUUAAAGAUACAAACAUCCUCAUUUAUUUUAUUAAUAUACACAUUACAAUAUUAUUUUCAUAUUUCCCCUUAAGUGUUACUAUAUCAAAAAACUAAAAUAUUUACAAAGGUUACAAGUGACAAUAAAGUAAAAAAGCGCUCGAAAAACAUGAGAUUUAAAGAUUUUAAUUGACUUAUAUAGUCAUUGUUUUAGUAUUUUAUUUAAUUGGUAUUUAACUCGUGUUUAUGUGACUUAAGUAUAGACUUAAUCUGUAAAGGUCGAAAGGACCGUUAUAUUUUUUAUAUCAUUAAGUUUUUGUCGUGGUAAGAGUCUAUUGGAACUUUGCUUUAAAUCUUAUAUUAAUGAAACGAUAGUUCAAUUUUACAAAAUAAAUAAAUAUUUAUCUAUAUGAAAACAAUAAGUAUUAUAUAUAUGUAUCAAUGAAAUUGAUAGUUAAGUAUGAAUAAUAAGUCCCAGACGAAGUACGAAACAAAUAUAAACUUUAA